CCCUUGGGAAAGAUUAGUUCGUUAGAGGCUGUCUUUAUGCCACGCGAUGCUGCUUUUCUUGUAGAAGCGGCGGGUGGCGCGGGAUGGUAACUGAGGGGAGGGGGGUCCGUAGGUGAAGCAGGAGGAGGAGCGGGGAGGCUGCAGUAUGGGGACCAUGGCUCAUGAGCCUGCACCAUGCACCAUCAAGAGCCCAGUCGUGCUGCAAGUGGGUGAUGUGAGAACUGAGCUAGGCCGGCCAGGUGUUGCAGUGAUUGAUGUUAUGCUUCCGCACUCUCAGACUAUUGAUCUGCAGGAAAUUGCAUUCAAGAACUAUUACACAGCUUUUUUGAGUCUACGAGUACUGCGCCAAAGUACUACAGAUAGUGGAGAUGAAAAUCCUUCAAAGUGGAUUACCUGCCUGAGAAACUAUUGCUUGAUGCCUAACCCUCACACAGAGGAAGGCUCACAGGAUUACUUCUCUGUUUCUAGGCAUCAGAUGCUUUGUGAUAUGGACCGGGUAGCUGCCAUACGUCUGAUCCUACGUCAGCCUUCUCCAGUGUGGCUGCAUUUCAGCAUUGAGGAGUUACAGCUCUUUCCUGGGGGUCAAAAGAGCCCACAGAAAGGCUUUCCGGCCUGGCUUUCUUGCCCAUCUCAGGAGCAGCCAGCCAGCCUGCAUGAUGGACUCCCUGAUGCCCACAAAGCAUCUUCUGAAGUACAGCAAAUGUGGGUUCUAACAGAAAUGCUCCAAGCAGACCAGCCAGCAGCACGGAUCGGACGUUUUGAUGUGGAUGGCUGCUAUGAUCUUAACCUACUUUCUUACACAUGAGCUGGGCUGGAGGCUGACAAGGCUUUUAAGAGCUGGACUCACUAGAUAGCACCCCUUCCUUAUUGAAUGGAGUUGAGGCUGGAAGAAGUGGACUAUAUCUACUGCCUUCGUGUCCUUGUCCUGGCCUUUCUCCUUCCUGCUGUAAUGAGGUGGCCUUUCUGGACCUUUCUUUAGAUUGGGUUCUGUCCCUUCCCCCACCCAUCACGCUUGACCUACGUGGAAAACAAUCUCAUAACCUUGCAGUUUGCACUGGAGCCUGGAGGGUUGGGUUCCCCCAACUUUUCCCCCAACUGCAGGUGCCUCACUUAGGAGGGUUUAUCUCCUUUCCCUUCUUUGCCAAGUUCUGUUCUCUGCUGCAUGUUUCCUGUUGAGAACAAAGUGGGGAUUUUUUUUCCAUUAAGAAUCUAUCUCUGUGGGAAGAGGGUAGCCUGAGAUGUUUGGAACUAGGUGUCUUAAGGGUGCUUUGAUCCCUACUGCAAGUUUUGGAAUUUCAGUGAAUGCAGAGUUCAGUUACAGAUUCCUUUGCUGUGGCCACCUCACAAGAAGCUAUGUAGGGUUUUUGAUGCCCGAGUGAGAAAGUAGAAGGGUGCAUGGAUAAGUUUUCAGGAGGCCUCCUCUUAGCCAGGCCCUUUACCUCUCUGGAGGAAUGUGAAUAGCUCCCUCGGAAGACUAUGCAGGACUAUCCUUGACACCUCCCUUGAGCUGGAGCGGGUUGUGCCUACAAGGCAGGGAACAUGAUGUUCAGAAGGAAGUAGUUUGCUGUGCAUCAUGAAGCUGUAGCCAUGCACCAUUUUCAGCAAGCACCAUGAUAGAGACCUCAGGCUAUAAAGUUUGCAUCAUACAAGAAAAUGUGAGCUCAGUUUUGCAGUGGGGUUGCCUUACAGAAAAUGUAGAUGUGCCACUCCUUACUUGCUGUCACCUAUGCAUUCCUAAACAUUUUCUUCCUAGUUUCCACCCCUGCUCUUCAGUUUCCUGUUGCAUAGCUGUAGCUGUAAUUGCCAGUUAUUGCUGUCAGGAGCUGAGUGUAGAGCACUUGAGAGAACAAGUAAAAGACCUCAUUGUGGUGUACAAAGAAUACACUUGGCUGCCUUUGAGGAAAUUUCUUUCUGUCUUAAUUCCCCAUCUGCAAAGUGAGUUUGAAAUUACACUCUGAAAAGGCUGUUAUGACUGAGAUGACCGUUGUAAAGCAUAUGUUGAGUGCCUCAUCUUUGGGGCACAUUACGCGAUAUGGAUGUAGCUGAGUGGCCUAAAGCCACAUGCCUCCUAAACAUAUGUCUUCCUUGUGGGCAGGGGUUGCUUCCAGCCAUCAGAUAGAGGAGGCUGUAGAAUGAUAUGAAUUGUUGGUAUUGGAUGUGCGGAUAUUUGAUGGCUGUCCUUAGGAGCAGGCUUAUAAUGUUUCCUGUACCUGUAGCUAAUUUUCUUCCUAUUUAUUAUGGACUAUUUAUGUUACUUAUUUAUAGCUGGAGAAAGUCCUAAUGGUCUUUUAUCUCAUUGCAGUGAACCAAGAUUGCUGUACCAAAUCUCAGUAAAAGCUGAUCUAGUUCAAAUGGCUUGAACACCGUGUAUUGUGUUGGGUGGGUGGGGAGUAAGCACUCUACAAAACAGUCAUUCUGCCUGUGCCAUUAAUAGAGUCUCAUUUAGGUUGACUUACAAAAAUCUGUCAUGGGCUUCCAGGCCACACAUCAGGGGCAUGCUUCUACAUGUGCUGCUUAUCCAGUGGGAAUAGGAUCACUAAUGCAUUAUCAGGUUCUUGA